AUGCAGCGUGCUGAAGGUCAAGGAUACCAAGACGACGCCGAAGAGGCUCAUGCAACCUUCAGAUCCGAGGUAGCAUCAUUCUUCGAAUCUCCUAUCAGCACCAUCUUGGCCUCUGUCAAGGAGCAGAUCCUGUCCGCUCACCGACCUAUCCACUCGAUCUUCCUAGUUGGCGGCUUCGCAGCUAGCGACUACCUCUACACUCAACUGGACGACCUGUCUGCUCUCGGCUUGACGGUACUUCGCCCCGACAUCGCUGACGGUGCUCUCUCUUUCUACCUCGACCACCGCGUCGUCUCCCGUGUCUCUCGAUUCACCUAUGGCGUCAACUGCCACGUACCCUACAACCCACGCGACGAGGAACACCAAAUCCGCUCCAUCACCAGCUGGUUCUCUGCUUCUGGCAACCGUCGCCUACCAGGUUUCUUCAGUGUUAUCCUCCCCAAGGUACUUUUACAUCUCUUUGGAUGGAAAGGAUGA